GCGCUCCAGAAAUGCAGCGCGCACUCGCUCGACCCUGCCCAAGUGUGGUGUGUUUAUGCAAACACCAAAGUGUAUCACAUUGUAACACGUUUUUUAGAUCUAAAGAUGGCACUUCAGAAUACUUUAAUGCAUCUAAGCCGCAAGAAUCUUCUCCAGGAGACAUGCAAGCAGGCUUUCCUGCAAGCGCACGGGUUGCACAAGUCCGUGGCAAACGACUCUCUGGAAAUUGCGCACAGCCAGCCUGCUGUGAAAGAGAACACGGGAAACCCUUCUGAGCAAAUGCCUAAUGUUGCCAAUGCCAAGACGCUCAAAGAGAUGCCCGGACCCAGCACUAUCGCUAACCUCAUUGAGUUCUUCUAUCGGGAUGGGUUCAGUCGUAUCCAUGAGAUCCAGUUGGAGCACUCUGAGAAGUUCGGCAAGAUCUUCAAGUCUCGAUUUGGACCUCAGUUUGUGGUGUCCAUCGCUGACAGAGACAUGGUGGCUCAGGUUCUCAGGUCUGAGAGUUUGACUCCACAAAGAGCUAACAUGGAGUCCUGGAAAGAAUACAGAGACAUGAGAGGAAGGUCCACUGGACUCAUAUCUGCGGAGGGCGAUGAGUGGCUGAAGAUGCGCAGCGUCCUGCGUCAGCUGGUCAUGCGGCCGCGAGACGUGGCUGUUUUCUCCCAUGACGUUAAUGCGGUGGUGGAUGAUCUGGUGAAAAAAGUAAAGACCCUGCGGAGCCGGCAGGCCGACGGCCAAACCGUUGAAAACAUCAAUGACCUGUUCUUCAAGUACGCAAUGGAAGGAGUGGCAACCAUUUUGUACGAGACCCGUCUGGGCUGCCUGGAGGAGAAGAUUCCCAAGAUGAGCCAGGAGUACAUUGCUGCGCUGCAUCUCAUGUUCAGCUCUUUUAAGACCACCAUGUACGCCGGUGCUAUUCCCAAAUGGCUGCGUCCCAUCAUUCCUAAACCCUGGGAGGAAUUCUGCAGCUCCUGGGAUGGCCUCUUUAGAUUCAGUCAGAUCCAUGUAGACCGAAAGCUUUCAGAAAUUAAACAGAAGAUGGAAAAAGGUGAAGAGAUUAAAGGGGGCUUGUUGACUCACAUGUUGGUCACCAGAGAGAUGAACGUGGAGGAGAUCUACGCAAACAUGACAGAAAUGCUCCUGGCUGGAGUGGACACGACAUCUUUCACGCUUUCAUGGAGUGCAUACCUUCUGGCAAGACAUCCCAUGGUACAGGAGCAGAUCUUCGAAGAAGUGGAUCGUGUGCUGGGCGGGCGUGUCCCAGUCGGAGAGGAUGUUGCCAAUUUGCCCCUGAUCAGAGGGCUUGUCAAAGAGACGCUCCGGCUUUUCCCUGUUCUUCCUGGAAAUGGACGUAUUACACAGAACGAUCUUAUAGUUGGAGGUUAUUUCAUUCCUAAAGGGACUCAGUUGGCUCUGUGUCAUUACUCCACUUCCAUGGAUGAGGAAAACUUCCCCCGUGCAGAAGAGUUUCGCCCCGACCGCUGGAUCCGCAAGGAUGCUUCUGACCGAGUGGACAACUUCGGCUCCAUCCCGUUCGGUUACGGUCUCCGUAGUUGCAUCGGCAGGAGAAUAGCCGAGCUUGAGAUGUACCUGGCUCUUACACAGCUCCUUCAGAAGUUUCACAUCAAAGUUUCUCCUCAAACCCCUGAUGUUCGUGCCAAAACUCAUGGCCUUCUUUGCCCGGGAGCACCCAUUAACCUUAGGUUUGUGGACCGGGAAUAAUCUGCUAUUACCUUGUAAAUAGGAUUCCUAAUCGUCCUGGUGUUAGUGUUAUUGUGUAACAGUGCCUCUCCCAGUUUAUAUCCAUCUAUAUACCAUGGUUGGGUAACAACAACCCAGCAUACUGUAGGUUUAUUUAUACCAACCAAUCGGUUGUUUCUGUUCAAUAUUUACCCAACUAUGGGUUAAAACCAACCCAAGCUUUGUAUCAUGUGUGUAAUAUAAAAAAUGUAAAAAGCCGAAAAGGUAUAAACUGUAUAAAAUUGGUACUCUUUUAUAAAUGUAAUCAAUACAAUUUGUGCCUUUUGAAAUACUGUGGUAUAUAGAUAAGCUCUAGUGCUAAGCUCUUUAUAUAUUUAACAUAGCUACAUAUGCUUAACCAAAAUAUAAACACGAUUGCGUACUACAUGGGUAUACAUAAUAAAUUCUUAACAAAUUCUAUUCUUGCAAAAUACGUGAAAAAUAUUCCUAAAGCAAACAUGGGCGGGUCAAUCAUAUAAUAGCUAAAAUGCUGCCUUAAAAUUUAAGGAAUUAUGCUAGUAUACUGUCCUGUGGACACUAAUAAUAUAUAUUUUGUGUGAAUACAUUUUAAUAAAAUGUGUCUUGAUUUUCUUUUGAAUAUGUCCUUGAUAAAUAGUACUUGGCAAAAGUCUUAGGCCACCAUGCUACCAUUAGAUUUGUUGUUUUUGCAAUUGUAUAGUGAUUAUAUAGAAUUAUUUCUCAGUCUCUUUAUUAGAAUACAACCAAAAAAUACAGGAAAUGUGUAUGAAGUAUUAAAAACAGUAUAAAAGUAUAAGCUGAAGUGUCAAGUAUUUAGGGUAAACUCCCCUACCACUUGAGCAAUAGCAGGCAAAUGCAGGAUCUUUGAAACCUUAAUUAAAUUAAACAUUAAAACAAAACUGAUUAAUCCAGGGGUGCCUGACCUCAGUAGUCACAACAACAAUAAUCAGACACACCUGGAUUAAUCAGUUUGUCCAAUAAUGGCAGACAGGAAACAAUGAGCUGGCUGAAGUUCAGGAAGUAGUGGAGCUGGGCAUAAAGCCUAUUGAAUGACUUCAGGACUUUUCAAAAAAGCUCAAUAUAUGUUUCGUGCCAAGAGAGGUCACACUAAAUACUGAAUGAUGUCUGAAGAAGACAAUUAGUUCUAAAAAAAAUUUGUUUUUAAUUUUGUGUAUAUACUUCCUGUGUUUUCUGUUCGUAUCUUAAAAAAAGAAUGAAAAAUAAAUAUGGAUGAACAUUAAAACUUUGCUAAAACAACAAAGAUGGUGAUGGUGGCCUAAAACUUUUCCACAGUACUGUAUAUGAAUGAAUGGAUUUUAUUUUUAAGAUGCUGUUUUGUUGUUGUUUUAUUCCCUGUGUUUAUUCAGUUUGAAAAACAAUACAUAUAUAUAUAUAUAUAUAUAUAUAUAUAUAUAUAUAUAUACU